AAAAUGUAAACAAAUAGUUAAAAACCCAAAUUCAAUUUGAUCCUACUACUCUCUCCCUCUGUGUCCAUCAGCUUCCUCGAAGAGGAAGUACUGGACUUCCUCAAAGUGUACACAAAGCUCUACUACGUAGUGCCAAGAUGUGACAAGUAUAUCUGUGGAUGAAUAAAGACCAUUACAACCAGUGAUCACGUUGCCUAUUGGCGGAGAUAUAUCAAUGUGGUCCAGACGAUGAGACCCCAUUAUUAUAACUGAGUGCUAGCUGUUUGUAUCUCCAUCCUCUCUAUUGGCUAUGCAAGAGAGGUGUGUCAAAUUUGGACACCAAGCGAGGCCCACCAAUAGAUAUCCUCCUUCCUCCCCACCUGUAAACCACUUAUAGCCAUAUCCUUUGUUUGCAAGUAGCAAAAGUAGAUACUAAAAAAUGGUAGUUUCCGGCAGCCACGAGGAGGUUUCAGCCACUUACGACCGGAAAAAGGAGUUGAAGGAAUUUGAUGAUACGAAAGCUGGUGUGAAGGGACUGGUAGACGCUGGGGUGGUGAAGGUACCUCGUAUUUUCAUCCACCCACCCAAUUCCCUCCAUGAAGGGUCGUCACUUGGUUCUAUCCACAGCCACAGCCACAGCCACAGCCACAGCCAAACCCACCUCAGGUUACCGAUCAUAGACUUGGGGGACGGCAUCAUCGAUAAAGAUGUGAAUUUAAGGAAGGAAAUCGUCGAAAAAGUGUGUGAUGCAUCGGAGACGUCGGGGUUCUUCCAGGUGGUGAAUCAUGGGAUCCCUGUAACUAUUCUUGAUGAGAUGCUGGAAGGGAUUAGAAGGUUUUAUGAGCUAGACACACAGGUGAAGAAACAGUUCUAUACCCGUGACUAUGCCAAUAGAAGGGUCACAUACAAUUCCAAUUUCGAUCUCUACAGCUCUCCUGCAGCUAAUUGGAGGGACUCUAUGUAUUGUGUCAUGGGUCCUCAACCUCCCAACCCUGAAGAAUUGCCUGAGACUUGCAGAGAUAUAUUGAUGGAGUAUUCAAAUCAAGUUAAAAGAUUGGGAACUAUAUUGUUUGAGUUACUAUCAGAGGCUAUGGGGUUAAACCCUAACCGACUGAGGGAUAUGGGUUGUGAUGAGGGACAUUCCCUUGUAUGUCACUAUUAUCCUGCAUGUCCUGAGCCAGAACUGACGUUGGGCGCUACUAAGCAUGCUGACAGUGGUUUCCUCACUAUCCUUCUACAAGACCAUAUUGGUGGCCUCCAAAUUCUUCAUCAGAAGCAAUGGGUUGAUGUUCCUAUCACACCUGGAGCUCUUAUUGUCAACCUUGGGGAUCUUUUGCAGCUUAUAUCCAAUAAUAAGUUUAAAAGUGCUGAACAUCGAGUAUUGGCGCACAAAGUAGGCCCAAGACUCUCUGUCGCAUGCUUCUUCACUACAGGUUUUCAUCCAUCAACAAGGAUCUAUAGGCCUAUCGAGGAGUUGCUAUUGGAGGGAGAUCCCCCCAUCUACAGGGAAACCACCGUCUUAGAAUACCAUACACUGUACCGAGCAAAGGGAGUUGAUGGCACUUCUACAUUGGAACAUUUUAAGCUGCAAACUUCGAGUCCAGAUGAACAGAAAUAGCCAUAGCUUAAAAUUACCUCAAAAUCUCCUUGUCUACUUAUUGCUAGUAAUUAAGGUCCUAAGGGUUGGAAAACUCAAGAACUAAAGUUAUACAUAUAUAUAUAUAAAAAAAAAAAAAAGGUGAUUGCGAGAACAUGCUAGCAUCUUCCUGUGUUUAUCUCUCUUCUUAGAAAAUAUGGAUGUAAUAAUACUUGUACGUUUGAAUCAACAAUAAAGAAAAUUGUCACAUUAUCUCUUA